CAGAAAGAACAGUAAAAAUGCAGGCAGGGCGCCGGACAAAGCACUCGGGACAAAAUGUAUGUGAAAUGUCACUUUUACAACUUUCAAAUUUCCCGCCAGUUCCGUCCCCCGUACGUCCCGACGUCGCAGGGAACGGAACCCGGAAGACAGAUGUCGGCAUCGGCCAGAGGAGAUGGCCGGGGACACUGCAGGGGGGACAUCGCGGGAGCGCAGGACAAGGUAAGUGCUGGAGGGAUCCCAGAGCAGCGCUGCAGUGGUAUUCCCGAGUGUAGUUCGGGGUUACAGCUUUUGGUACUGAAAU